AUGGACUACGUUGGAUCAAUGAACCCGAAGUUGCUAAGCUUUGCCGCUGGGCGUACCAGCAUCGGCGCCCCCAGGCGGAUCCGAGGGAAUGGGGUCUGGAGUCGACAGCAUGAUACUGGAAAACAGACUGUUCCGGCAGCGGCGGCUUGGUGGGAAGCGCCACCGGCAUACGACCACGCUGUACAGCCGGGGAAUGGCCAUCCAAUUAUAGAAGCGGGUCCACCGAUCGUACGACAUUCGAUGCCACGGACCGUUUCCAAAACCGUCGAUGCAGAGGGCUUCGCGACGGCAGAUCUGAAUGAUGCCCUCAGUCACUCCAAAUGGUCGUCCGAGUGGGAAGCCCAGAAGGUUGCGGCUAUCCAGGCAGAUGAGCGUCAUGACGUCGAGCGAGCUCACGUGCAAUCGUAUGCGACAGCAGCAGCCGAGGAGGUCAUCCGGAGACAUCGUAGCAGAAACUCGGUCGUGCGAGAAAUCAUCAUCGUAGAGCGUCCCAGCUCCAACAAUUGGUGCCCAACUGGUAUAUUUAAAUCGAAGUGGUCUAACGGAAAGCCUCAAGGUCAUGGUGUACGUGGCGCUCAGGUCUCCUCCUAUGCGGACUCCGCGAAGGUCUAUGCUGAGGGUGACGUCGUAUGCGAUCAGUUGUUGAGUGUAGCCAGGUCUUCCUCAGACUACGACAACGGCUACUCAUCCUUCGAGGGGCACCAUAGUGGAUGUAACACAACCAACCAGACUAGAUUCCAACACGGACCUUCAUGGGAAUACGGAUGUGCUGCCACGAGCCAUGCUAGAGGCCAAAUGCCUGUGUCUGAGAAGACUGGCGCCCCGCAUCGAGUUUUGAGCAAGGCGUACCCUGAUAAGGAUACUAGGGCCCGCGAGCCACGGCUGAGAACAUCUCUGCGACAAGACGCCAUAUAUCCUGACAAGCGUAAUCAAUGGCUUCGAUGGGAUGUGGUAGGCCGGAGCGAUCCAAAGGUGCGAGAGCGACUGCGGACGCCUGGCAUCACUGCGAGCCAAGGCCGAAAUGGCGAACAGCGUACCGCUGGGAGUGUAGAGAAGCAACACAUGCCCGAGCUACGCAGGGCGGACACUGUACCGGUUGAUCGAGCCCGCAACUACAACUAUCCCAGCCAAGCCAGGGCGACCGACAACCCCGCGCCCUGGAGAGUUCCUGGAUAUCAUGAAGUACGGAGGUGGCCGCAAGAAUCACGACUGAGAAGGAUACUUGAGUGGGACGACGGAGCACCCCUUGGCCCACGCAUGUGA